AUGGAGAGGGAGGUAAUGAGAGUGUUUGAGAACAAAGAAGAGAUAGUCUCUCUCUCUCUUCAGGUCUUGCUGGUGUCGAGCAAAAAGGACCUCUGCUCCUGGCUGGUUCCUGGAGGAGGCGUAGAAGAAGGGGAGGAGCCGGCAGAGGCAGCGGUCAGAGAGGCGUGGGAAGAGGCAGGUGUCCAGGGGCGCGUCACCAGAUAUUUGGGUGUUUUUGAGACGAAGCACCACAGCGGACGGAAGAAGCACCGGACAGCCGUUUUCGUGGUGGUGGUGAAGCAGAUCCAUGCCCAAUAUCCCGAGGCUCAUUUGGGUCGAGCUCGCCAAUGGUUCAGUUUUGAAGAGGCUUUGAUCCAGCUCUCCCGCAACCGGCCCGUCCAGAGUGCUUAUCUCCAGCUCAUGUUAGCGUCGCGCCUCAAGGUCCCGCCAGCUUAGGAGAAACCCUACUUCGUGUCUGAAAAUUCGAGGAGAGAAAAAAAAGGACGUUUUCUGCGUCGAAGAAAGAAGAGGAGAAAAAGGAGAAGGAGGAGGAGACGGAGAAGGAGGAGGAGGAGGACGAUGUAGGAUUUUUUUCUUAAAACUUUCUUUUUCUUUUCCUUUCUUCUUCAUUAUUAUUCUUUUCUUGGAGAAAAUUAUACGAAGUUGGGUCUUCUCUGAUACAGCUUGGUGUAGGGAACGUGGAAAAAUAAGAUAAAAAGGAAGAAAAAUGGGAAAUAAAACAAUGAACAGUUUAACAUGGACUCUUGUUAGGGAGAAGUGAGAAUUAUGUUAAGUGGACCAAAGAGUGCGAGAGAAAGAGAGGAAAGAGAGGAGGAAGAGGAGGAGCAAGAGAAGGAGAAGGAAGAGAAAGAGGAGGAAGAGAAGGAAGAAAAGGAGGAGAAUGAAUGAUGAGGAGGAAGAGAAGGGGAAAGAGGAGGAGAGUGAAUGAGGAGGAGGAAGAAGGUGGAAAAGGGAACACAGAGACGGAGAAGGAGAAGAACUAUAAGAGAAAGACGAAGGGGAGAGGAAGGAAGAGGAGGAGCAGGAGGAAGAAGGAAGAUACGAUCUCAGGUCGCUGUUAUCUGUCGUAUCUCACGCCUAGAUCUUCAAGAAAUUCCAUUACCAACGACACUUAUUUUUUUUUUUAUAUAUAUUCUCUUUUGAAACAAUUCAGAACUCUUAAACUGGACUGGCUUUUGUGCACAGUGGUGGAACGGGACCAAGUGGUCAAGGACUUCUUAGAACUUAAAACAAGUAAAAAAGUAUACUACCAAAGGAAACGAACAGAACUGUGUAGUUCGUAUCCAAUGCCAUGUUUACCUGAAGCUCAAUUAAUCUUAAAUAAACAAAAGACGAACAGUUUGUUUGUGCAUUUUAAGUACUCAAGAGAAGUGAAACAGAACAUGAAAAGUGUUGUUGGUUGUAAAAAAAUAUAUUUUUUAAGAGAUUCAUAGAUGAAAAUUGUAAAUAUAUAGUUUACAGUGGCUGUGUACCACUUAACGUCUGUGAUGAGAAGAAAAAGUGCCAAGAAAAUGUUAAGUGUCUCAGAAGAAUUACUUAAUUCUUUCUUAGAGCAAUCAACUGAAGUGUUUUACGUUAUUUUAUACGUCUUUUAUAUGUACUAUUGAUAAACAUGUUUGUGAAUCACCCUUGUUAACACUUGUUUUUUAUUUAUUUAUUUUUUCUUCACUGUAAAGAGGUGAUAUCCCAAGACUAUGGUAGACUCUUUUGUUAUUGUUGAGAUUGUUAUUAGGGAAAUGUGAGCUCAGACCAUGGAUUGUGAGUGCCAAAUGACUACCUAAGAAUAAUCAAAAUAGAGAUUAUUGUCAGCCCAAAAUCACCUGCAUUAAUACAAUUCGCAAAUUUCAAGAAUAUGGUUACGGUUAUGAUCAUAGUCAUGUAAUAAACUAAUACCACACACAUAACUGCGACAUGAAAACAAAAACAAAAA